AUGGGCGUUCCUCAAGCCAGGUCCACUGGGCCCCCGUCAGCCCUCGAUGCCAUCAGAGUGUGGUGGAAAGGGAAGAACUUCUCAGAGGAAGCGGGGGAAGUUGCUGUUCUGGCAGCUCUCCAGCUCUCUGUGUGCCUCCACCAGGUGCCAGACUUUGUGAGGAACAUGCACCAGAGACUUGUAUCCAGUGCACCUCCAGGUGACAGGGUGUUAAUGGACAUCCUGAGGCUGACCGAGGCACACCCCACUGAUGUCACAGUCACCCUCCUGCGCUGUGCCCCAUCAUGUGACAGGGCUGCUACAAUCAUGUGGAGAACCAUAGCCUCAUCAGGAGUGGCAGUGGACAAGGUGUUGCCAACAUUGCUCUGUGUGCUGGAGGACUGGCCACUGCAUAGAGUGUCCACCUCUGAUGGGGACAAAACAAGAGUCUUUGCCCUGGCUGCAACCAGGGUCGUUUGGGAGAUUCUCCGCCUGCCCUGGUGUCCAGCACCAUUUAUGGAAUAUUCUCCCCGCCUCCUUGUGGCUCUGCUUUUCCAAGUUUUUGUCAGCACAUUAGAUUUGCCAGAGGAGGUCAAUACCUUCUGGAAGGAAUGCCAGGAGCAACUCAGCCUUCCCACCAGCAUCAACAGGUUUGCAGUGCAGACCCUGAGGGCACUGUUCCGCCAUCUGCGGUGUCUGGAUUUACUGGUGGCUAUGGAGCGCAAACAUGGCUGGGACACGCUGCUCCGUGCUGACACCCACCAUUAUGCUGUGGGUCUGCUGGCCAGGGAGAUGCACCGUACCUCAAACCCCUUGUGUUCCUGCAUUGCACUCCGCCUGCUGGGGCUGCUCAGCUCACAGAAGCCACGCUGGGAUCUGCCUGCCCUGGCCUUCAUUGUGGAGGUCCUCGAGUGCCCUGACAUGAGGGAAUGGAGUGACAGUGCCCUGGAGAUCAUUUCAAGGAACCUGCAGAGCAAAUCCAGGGAGAAGCGUUACCUGGCGCUCAGAGGCCUUGUGGUGCUCAGCAAGGAUCCCUCGCUGGCCGAAGGCAUCCGGAGUCUGACACAGAGCCUCCUGGCCCUACUGCAGGAUGCAGAUGGAGAGGUGGUUGCAUUGAUCCUCUCUGUAUUCCUGAAUGAGCUCCAGGACCGAGCCAUCCUAGUAUCCAGUCCCACUGCCCUGCAGCUGGCUGAGGUGCUCCGGCCACUCAUUGACCAAGACAAUAGCCAUGUGCAGCUGCUCUCCAUUCACCUCUUCCGAGAGGUGAUGGAGCUAGUAAUGGACACGGGAAAAAAGCCCCUGAAGAAACAUGUGAGCAAGAGCCUGCUCCCACUCUUCAUCCACUGCCAUGAUGAGAACUGGCAGGUGGCAAAGGCUUCUCGGGAAACGCUGCUUCGUGCGGCAAAGUUCCUGAAGAGGAGGCAUCUGAAGCAGCUGCUGAAGAAGGAGCAGCUGUCAAAGUUUGCUGAGUGCCUGCUGGCAGAGGACAGCAGCAGCGCGGCCGAGCUCCUGCGCCGGGCCCUGCCCUACCUGCAGAGCCCACAGGAGCCCCUGCGAGAGGCAGCUGUCAGGUUCAUGGGGAUUGCAGGGCGGUACUUGAGGAGGCAGCAGGAAGAGACCCAGCUCAUCUACAAGGCCCUUCAGGACCUGGCUGAUGACGUCAGCCCUGCCAUCUCGAGAUUGGCAAUUCAAACCCUGCAACUCUUAAAAGCUGCACAGAGAGCUCCAUAUUCUCCAGGUUUCAGAAGUGUGGUAGAUAGGGACAGGCAAACUGAAGAUUUUGGGAUGUAACAGAAAGCAAGACUCUUCCCCCCUCAUCCUGUGAUAUGUAAUCCAUCACCCCUGAGACAUGUAACCCCUCCUAACUCAGUAGUUUUCCACCCCUUACUAACCCUAGAGACCCUACCUUCUUCCUUUGACGUAGCAAAGCCCCCUUGACUA